UAUGUUAAUCUUUGUGACUUGGUCUCAUUUCAGAUGAAGUGGCUAUCUGUCCUGCCCCAACAGUGUAUUUUGCUGAUGACAUGUCUCCUAAUGGCCUUGGAAGCUGUACCUAUAGACAUAGAUAAGACAAAAGUCAAAGGAGAAGGCCAUGUAGAAGGAGAGAAGGUAGAAAAUCCAGACACGGGACUUUAUUAUGAUGAAUAUCUCAGGCAAGUAAUAGAUGUCCUGGAAACAGAUAAGCAUUUCAGGGAGAAACUCCAGACUGCUGACAUAGAGGAAAUAAAGAGUGGAAAACUAAGCAGAGAGCUUGAUUUAGUAAGUCACCAUGUGAGAACACGGCUGGAUGAACUAAAAAGACAAGAGGUGGCAAGAUUAAGAAUGUUAAUUAAAGCUAAAAUGGAUUCUGUUCAAGACACUGGCCUAGACCAUCAGGCUCUCCUUAAACAGUUUGAGCACCUGAACCAUCAGAAUCCUGACACGUUUGAACCUAAAGACUUAGAUAUGUUGAUCAAAGCAGCUACAAGUGACCUGGAAAACUAUGAUAAGACUCGGCAUGAGGAGUUUAAGAAAUAUGAGAUGAUGAAAGAACAUGAGAGAAGAGAGUAUUUAAAAACACUGGAUGAAGAAAAGAGGCAGCGAGAAGAAUCUAAAUUUGAAGAGAUGAAGAAAAAACAUGGAGAUCACCCUAAAGUUCACCAUCCUGGAAGCAAAGAUCAACUGAAAGAGGUGUGGGAAGAAGCAGAUGGACUAGAUCCUAAUGAAUUUGACCCCAAAACAUUUUUCAAAUUACACGAUGUCAAUAAUGAUGGUUUCCUGGAUGAGCAGGAAUUAGAAGCCCUGUUUACUAAAGAGCUAGAAAAAGUUUAUGAUCCCAAAAAUGAAGAAGAUGACAUGGUUGAAAUGGAAGAAGAAAGGCUGAGAAUGAGAGAACAUGUAAUGAAUGAGGUUGACAUAAACAAGGACCGGCUAGUGACUUUGGAAGAGUUCCUGCGAGCUACAGAGAAAAAAGAAUUUUUGGAACCAGAUAGCUGGGAGGUAAUGAGAGUGUGUUCCAAGUAUGAACUUAGAAAGAAGGCAGAAGAUCUUCAGAAGCAGAAGGAAGAGCUACAGAGGCAGCAUGACCAGCUUCAGGCUCAGAAACAGGAGCUUCAGCAGGUUGUAAAACAGAUGGAACAAAAGAAACUGCAGCAAGGAAAUCCUCCUGCAGGACCAGCUGGAGAACUGAAAUUCCAACCCCCUGGGGAACAGAAAGUUGGAGAUGCACCAAAACCUCCCGUGGGAGGUGAUCAGCCUUUACCACCAGGACACAUCCAAGACCCAGCUGCUGCUAAAACUGAUCAAGUUCACCCUUAACCACUUGUGCCUCAACUUUAUAGCAUCUUUAUUAUUUGGGGGGGCGGGAG